AUGAUGGAUUCGUACAACAUCACAGGUGUGACACUGGCAAACACCCCACCUGUGACCACAAAUCAGUGGCUUCAGCUUGGUGACGAUGAUCCUAUGUUCUUGGGCGCAAAAGCGCUUCAGGAACGUUACGGCUUGGAAACAAACUGCUACAAAAAUCACGUUCGACUAGCAGCCGGAUACUGCCACAUGCCUGUGAUCCUACUGCAAAACCCAUACAAGAAUCACGGCGAAGACUUCCAGGACAUAUUUACACCAGGCUCCUCCUUGACGUGGAUCCGAAAUCUCCCCGAAGACAUUGGCGUAGAUAUCGAAUAUGACAUUCCCGUCUACGAUAUAUGCCCAAUGAUCAGUGAUGACUGGGCCCAGAUGAAAGCCCGGACUGGACAGUUGAGUGAACUGCGGCAGGCGAUAAGGGACGCGUACGAGUUGACUGCGCAAUACCUGGAGGCUCUACAACCUUCUACCGCGGUUGUUCUACAGUGUGCAACUAAUCACUGUUCGGUAAAGAAGCACGCCGUUCUCAGUAGCGUGGAACAUCCAGUUGCUCAGGUCUUUUGCUCAUCCAUGGAGGAAGCAAUGCAGAAAAGAACGCGAAUAGUGCGAUUCAUGCAACGUGAGCACAAUGAGACAGAAUCUUCCGACAAGGAGGAGCCAUUGGAACGGGAGUUAUAUCGGCUAGUCUCAAGCACCCUGGAAAAUUUUGCUACUAAUUGUCCACCAGAGUCAACGGGACCCUGGAACAGCACGAUCAAUAUGCUAAACCUUGGGAUGUCGAUUGGUAAAGGAGGCACUCGAUGCAAAGAUACUUUGGGAGACGCCCUCUCCAAUAUACUUAUUCACGGGGCUCUGGCCUACUAUGACCAGACUGGCGACAAGUUGAUCUUCGAUGCAUUUGAAGCAUCCCCCCGUGCAGCAGAUGUUUUAUCUGCGAAGGGGGGUCUUCUUCGGCAAUUUCCUGGGUUGAGCGUGGCUGUCCCAGCAUGCGUAGUUGACGAGCCGAAGUUCUGCUCCUGGUUAGCAGGAGAGAUUAGUCGCCUCUCUAGCGAGACGGUGGACAAGAUGGUCCCCACUACUAGGAAAGCAGGAGCACAGGCCCUUGAGGAGCGCGACGCCAUUCAUCCUGGAAUGGUCACCGAAAACCACAUGAUCCAGCUUCUAGCAAGAGGAACCUACAACAAUUGGCCGUCCUUUGACAAGCACAUGCGCGAUGAGGUCAACUGGAGAAAUAGUAGACUUCCCUGGAGACGAUCUCCCCUUUGGCUCGUGAUACGAGUCACACUACAGACUGUUCUUCAACGCGCGUUCGGCGAUAUCGAGGGGCAUCGCCAAUAUAAGAAUUUCAUGCUCUACCUCGUUGCCCAAAUCGCCCUGGAUACCAACGUCAUGUUAAGCGCCCUCUGCGCUGAUCAGCUACAACAACUCGAUUAUAAGGUCGACAAUUUUACCAGACUGGCAGACAUUCAGAUGAGUAUCGGGGAUAGUGACUCGAUUAGCAUUCCAGAAAGAUUUGUGUGCACUCCGCAAGAUUUGCACUUGACACUUUCUCAAUCGACUACCAUCCUUGCGGCAGCAAUGUCGUCAGGUCCUACAAUUACUCGCGACCAACAACGUGACUUCAUUUCCGUUUUGGACUUUGAGCGUUGGGUCGAAUACGAUAUGCGGGAUUCCAUUUGUGCGAUAGCGGAUCGAUUUGGCCAGUAUGACAAAUGCGCGACUGAACUCUUCGCGGGUAACCCUGAGGCAAUGUCAGUCAUGCGGCUAACCCAGUUAGAGUUAUGGGUUACCUUCGAUCGCAUGUGUACCGCAAUCCCGAUGCGCAGAGCAAAAGAUAUCGAGAAUUAUAUUCGAGUUAGGCAUCGGGACCAAAGAUGUGGUUCAAUAUAUCGUGAUCCCGGGAGCGAAAGCUUUGCGGUCUCAUAUUACGAAUUGUCUUAUGCCCAGGGCCAACUGAGGGAAAAGGAAAUGGAAUGGAACCUAAAAUCAAGUAAAUACCGCGAGCUGUACGCUCAAGCUGCACAGCUCGAACACGAUAUGGAGCUGAACUCUCGAGGACGCUAUAGCUGCGUGCGGUCAUACAUCACUAUUGAGAGCUAUGAAUGGCCUCUUUCGAAUGAUGAAAGCAGUUUGAGGUCUGUGCUCUUUGAGCUAAUCUGUCCCCAUUGGUUUGCGGCAUGGCGCGAUUUGACCUGGAAAAUCAAAGCGCAGGAUAUGGAGCAGAAUCUGCUGAAUUACAUUAGGACCCACAGGUUUGCCGUCAAGUGGGGCCAGCGCCUCACUCUAGGUUCGAAGACAAAGUCAUGGAGACGGACCCAUUACAAUUGUCGAACAUUUCCGGUGGACUUUCAGGAAAUCAAUCGCCCCGACAGCAGCGGCAAUGGCUGGGUUACUGACCAGACAGAGUCUCCAACUAUCAAACCAUCGUGCACGCUUCGUCUCCCACAAGGGCGCUAUUCCAAUCUUCAAUAUGCACUGGACUCUUUCCAACACACCCAGAACCAGCUCGCAUCCCCCGCUCUCUCGUUGAACGAAGAGUCCGUUGGCAUUCUCAUCCGCCAGGCGGCAUGGGAGCUAGGCACACCUAGCAAGAGCACGGAGUUGAGAGAGGCCCACCGCGUCUUCGAGGACGUAUCUUUCAGCGAGUGUCUACUGGAGACUCUGGAACACCGGCUCGACUCUAUUGAAGCAAAUUGGAAUGAGCAUCAUACUCUUCAAACGCUGAUCACCCUUGCACUCCGCACCCUCAGCCUGUCUGAAGUAGGUGUGGUGGUCGAACGGGCGGCUGCAUUUUUACGAAGCCUCAUCACUACCUUAGAUUCACAGACAGGCGUACAGGGAAUCUGCCAGCUCAUGUAUGCCGUCGAGUCGCACCUUAUCCCGAUACUCUUACGCAGCGCGGAGGAUCUCUUCCAUCCCAUCCGCGCCUCCGUUAUUGUCUUUGAGACAACUGUUGCGUGGGUGCAGACCUCCAGAAUUCUGCACAGUGUCGAAGCACGUACGCGUCAGCUGAUACAGCGAGAUGCAUCGGGCCUCAACCAUGCAAUCCAGGAGUGUGUGCCGAACACGGUCAUUACUACCCCGUGGAGCUUCGGCCACGGUAGCUUGAACCGAUGGGCGAUGAAUCAGUUAGCGUCCGAUGGAGUGCGACAGAAGCAGCAGGUGCGGUAUGAUUUGCUCAGCGGCGAGCUCCUUGUCGAUAAUUCCCCCCCUGGCCGUCUUCCGGAGAGCUAUACACAACAUCCGACCUUUCGAUGUCUUUUUGGUUUGCGAACGCUCGCCGUAAUCCCAUCAAAUCUGCCCGGAUCCAGAUUCAUGUCUGCGCGGCCAUUCCAGGGCUACCAGGUUCAAUUUGAAAUGGAAGAAGACCGUUUGGUUAUCACAGCUCAGCAGGGCAGCCAAGCGUGGCAAUAUGAUCCCGGUAACUGGCGUCUGUCGAUGAGCCUUACGGGUGCAGGACCAGCGGUUAUGAUGCGACCCCGUUGCACCAUGGUUGACAUACACAGUCAGCUGUUCGUACAACUGUCCAAGGCCUUGACAGCCGAAAACAUGGUCGUGGUAGAGUUAGCUAGGUUACGCUUGCGGUUUUUCGUCAACAGAGAAGGAAUGUUGGAAGCUCCAGAGCUUCAAGCCACUGUGGAUCGUAGGCAGGAUAUCGGAUGUUUUUAUGAUCGGCGAUCAGUGUUGAUACCGUACGGUGAUGCUCAACUGUCGAAGAAAAAGCAUCAUACGGUUAUCCGCAUUGAACCACCGGAGGACUCCCGCAAUCGCUAUUUCCAGUAUUUCCUCGAUCGCGAGUUGCAGGAGCUUCGAGGAUCUUCUGAUAUGUUGGGAACACUAUAUCAAGCUUAUAUGCAUGCACUCACCGGCUUUGUUCUUGAAGACCCCGCCAUUCACCGAUCGGGAACCGCAGAGGCCCUUCGGAUCUUGCGGCAGGCGAGACUGCGUUCUUCUUUACCCCUUGAGAGAGACUGUAUUGAACUGUUGGGUCGCCUUGCAGCAAUGACGCCCCGUCGGAAGUAUUAUUCAUCUCAUCUACGGUGCAUGCAGACGCUUGAGUGGAACAGUGACCUUGUGGAAUUGGCACAGCACGACGACUUUCAGGCCCUUGUUCAGGAGAUCGUCGACCACGCGCAAUUGUUCUCCAUGUUGCACGAUGUCAGCACCGAAGACCUCGAAGCGUAUGUGCGCUGUUAUCAGAACCGGGGAGAGCCACAUCUGAUUGCAAGGGCUCGUCUGCGCCAUGCACAGUUCUACCCUGCUGAGUUCGGUGGUAGCACGGUACGCCGCGCACCAAAGCCGUCUGUGUACUCGGCACGCGACCAUGGCAGCGGGAGUGAACGAAGCAACCGCGUUUAUGAGAUCGCCAGUCUAGUUCGCGACUGGCCAACGGGCGUGCCUCAUGGUUCAGAUUUCUAUGCGACUAUUAGCAACUGGGAGUGCAUACGGCUGGCUAACCUGCCUGUUGACAGUCUUAACUGCAAUGAACUCCUGCAAUUGUCAUUCAGAGACACAUGGGGUGCUCUGUACGAGCUGUGCCGGUCGCUAAACCGGCGACAGGACUCAUACAGCCUCAUGUCUCUUUUCUGCACCAUUGCAUUUGGGGGAGAUGAGCAAUUGUUCAACUUGCGUCCAUUGCUUGCGGUCGCAUUUUCUGGUCGAUUUGCUGAUGUCGCGGUACCUGGCUUCGGAGGGCAAUCUGUGCUUUACUUGCAGCGGGGGGAAGAGCUCAUCCCAUCUGAAAUAGCAGAUCAGGUUAGCCUCCAUUACACGCCAUUCCGAGACCCACCGCAUCUGUCAGGUCUGUCAGGCGCACGUAAAAGGGAAAUCCGAGAGGAGCGAGAAAGGUAUCUGGUCGAAAAGAAGAAUCAUGUCCGUCAAUGUCGGGAUGUCGUCACUGACCAAUGGCCGUGUGAAAGACCCCAGCUACCGGACAUUCCUCGCCUAGACCGCAAGAACGCCUCAGAGGCCUGUGCCCUGCUGUGUUCCCAGUGGUACCAAAACCGCACGUUCCUCCGGUUCUUGCGAGAAGUCCAGGCCCGCUUGGAGGCGCUAGGUACUGAACCAGACGAGCAGAAUAGGAGCGUUCCGCCCGCCCCCUCUCAACAGGCCCGUCCCGCAGAGAGAUCUUUCUUCCCCCCUUCACUUCUAGACCUGUUACGGACACAUGAUAUUCCGACGGAAGUCCCACCUUUACCGGUGCCCCUCACAUUCAACAGACCUCGCGUUCCACGGUGCUAUAAUAAUGAUACCACUCCGGAGCUUGAUUCUCUCAUUUCUGAGGGAGGCCUGCGGGACAGCCUCGAGGCUCUGGAAGCGCGUGAGUGGCCAUGUUCGCCCACCUCGCUGUCUGUGCCGCGGGACGUUCUUGAACGGCACUGCCGUGUUCUCACGCAACAGCGAGACGAUCUCUGGGACCGUUUCCAUGAAACGUUAACCAUCGCCAGUGGGUCUGCAGAACGCAUUUCUAGUGCCCUGCUCUGGCCACACAUCAGUGUGCUCUCAAUUCCUAUCGCUCCUCAGCGUGACGUCUCUACGCCGAUCAAGCGUCUGCUAGCCUGUUAUGACCGGUCUGACACCGAUGGCUUCUUCAAGGAAGCCGAGACAGCGGGGAAAUGGCUUCUACUCGAAAUCGAGAACAAUAUCACUAUCCGCGUCCAACAAGCCGAACCUGGCAAUGCCGUCUCGCAGUUGAAUAUGGGUGAGGGGAAGACUACCGUGAUCACCCCGAUGAUUGCGCUGAAUCUAGCAAAUGGCUCUACAGUGCCGCGAAUCGUUGUCUUGAAGCCCCUCCUUCAACAGAGUCUGAUUCUACUCACACAAGUACUGGGCCGCAUCCUGAACCGUCCCAUCUAUCACAAGAUGCUAAAGAGUCUGCGAAAGAUGUACGAGCAGUGUCAGAAGUAUUGGGGAGUCUUGAUCGCGCUGCCAGAACAUAUAUUAUCUUUUCGCUUGAAAGCGAUCAAAUUGGAAACAUGGCUGCAAGAUCAUUGCCGCAAUCUUAUCGACGAGAGCGAUGAGGUCCUUGACCCGAAGUUCCAAUUAGUGUAUGCCAUCGGGAACCAGCAGUCCCUGGACGGGCACAUGGAACAGCAGGUGACAGAACUCCAUAACCAGGAUCCAUCCAGCAUAAGCAUCGAAUACCGUGGUGCCCGAUACCCAAUCAUUCGUUUUCUGAGGACAGACAGAGCAGACACUUUGAUGAGCAUGGUUCUUUCAGCUAUUGAUAAGCAUGGGCUUACUGGACUACCACUGCACCUUUGGAGCCGACGGAUCCGUCAACGGGCGCUGAAUUUCAUUCGUUUUGCUCAUCUGAUGCCGCAGGAGCCUCAAUUUCUCCGAGACGCCUUCGGACAGGGGACUACUCUGCGGAAGCUACUGGUUCGCCUGGCUGGAAAGAGGUGGCUCGUGGAUUACGGUCUUCAUCCGAGCCGAUGCAUGAUGGCGGUCCCGUUCCGCGCGAAGGGGAUUCCGUCCGAGCACGCUGAGUUUGGUCACCCGGACGUCGCAAUCAUUCUGACAUGCCUGAGUUACUACUACCAUGGCCUCAGUUCUGAGCAAGUUCGUCUCUGCUUUAUUCUGCUGGCCAAGGAGAAUGACCCCGAAGCUGAGUACCAGGACUGGAUCUGUAGAGGUAGAUCUACUCUGACCCCGCAACUGCAGAUGCUCACCGGUGUUAAUCUGGAAGAUACCUGGACUUUCAUGGAGGUCCUAUAUCCCCAUCUGCAAUAUCAAAAGGGUCUCGUCGACUUUUACCUCUCCAGAGUCGUGUUUCCGAAGGAGGUCAAAGAAUUUUCUCAUAUAUUGUGUACCUCGGCAUGGGAUCUGCCAUCAAAGCCUAAUCAGCCACUUACUACGGGCUUUAGCGGGACGAAUGAUAACCGAUUCCUCCUCCCACGGUCUGCACCGCAGCGGGAUCUACCGCAGCUCCUACACACCAAUGCAUUGGUCCUGAGCCUUUUGCUCCGAGAGGAAAACAGGCGCUGCAUUAUGGCAGAGGAUACGAUGGGCCUUCAACUUCAGGCGGAACAGCUGCUCGAUCUCAUCAGCCAGCAGCAUCCCCCAAUCAGGGUUAUCAUCGAUGUGGCUGCCAUCUUCUUCGAUGAGCGCGAUGAGGUCACUGUCAUCGAUUGCGAGGGUCACUGCGAGAGACUGGUCUCGUCGGCCUUUAAGCAACGAAUGGGAAGUUGUUUUAUUUUUCUCGACCAGCAGCAUUCGCGGGGCGUGGAUCUCAAACUCCCUGCAGAUUACCGGGCCGCAGUAUUGCUAGGCCCUCGUUUGCCCGAGGACAAACUGGUACAAGCAUGCAACAGGAUGCGUGGGCUGGGUCAGGGACAAUCUGUGACGUUCGUAACCCCGCCCGAAGUGAGUCACAGUAUGCCUCCACGCGGCACAUCCACGACGUCACUCGAUGUGAUUCGGUGGGCCCUUACCCAGACAUGCAAUAUCUUCCAGAGCCUGCGUCCGCUCUGGGCACUUCAAGGUCUGCAGUAUCACAGACGCCAGAAAGUAUGGGACAAGCUGCUGCGAGGGGAAAGCCCCCCAGGGGAGGCUGUUCAACAUAUACAGGAGCGGGAGGCUCGGACUUUGUCCCAGCUAUACGCGCCGUGGGACAAGCUAGAAAGUUGGUCUAUCGAUGAAACAAUGGUGCAGGACAACCCUAUGGCCCAAGGGCUCCUAGAAGUCUGGCGAGGCUCAGGUCAUGGCAUGCAACAACUCGCUCCGUUGCACGAGGAACAAGAGCGACAAAUCAACCACGAAGUGCAGAGGGAGCAUCAAAUUUGCCGCCCUCUACAGCUCUCUGCCAUCCCUCAUCACAUCCAUGAUGAUGUUCGUUACUUUGUAACCAAUGGAAAAUCGCCUGAUAGCGGUUAUACUGCGGUGCAGUCAGCAUUUGAGAUUUUUCGACAUACUUCUGCGGGCCAAUUCGGGUUUCCGACUUCGCUAGCGCCACAUCUUUACGUGACACAGGACUACAGUCGCACUGUCCAACUGAGAGAGGACUGCAGUGAUGAAUUUCUCAAGCCUGUUCACUGGGUUCUCGCAAAUACGCACGACCCCAGACUGCUUCUCCUUAGUCAGUACGAAGUCAACGAACUUUUACCAGACAUUCGGUCUUCGCAAAAAGCCAAGCUACUCAUUUACACCCCGAAGACAACCAAGACUAUGCGAUCUUUCGAGCCACUGGACUUUCUGCACGUGGGUCUCGGUCACACGAUCCCCUGUCAGCCUCAAACGACCGCUCGAGAUAUGGGUCUUUUCGCCGGAACACUUUACUAA